GCGGCCACGCCCCCUCGCUACCAAUGGAGCCAAUGGAGGAAGACUUUGCUGGUUGCCAAGAGAAACCUGUAGCGGCAAGAUGGCAGCCGCCAGCGAGAGGAGCCCGAACUCCCGCCAGCCGCGCCGGGUUCCCCCGGGCCGGCCGCCGCGGGACGGUUACGGCGUCUACAUCUACCCAAACUCUUUCUUUCGAUAUGAAGGAGAGUGGAAAGGAGGGAAGAAACAUGGUCAUGGGAAGCUGGUGUUUAAAGAUGGAAGUUAUUACGAAGGCCAGUUUGUGGACGGGGAGAUCAUGGGAGAAGGCUGCCGGCUCUGGGCCUCGUCAGGGAACACCUAUUCUGGCCAGUUUGUCUUGGGAGAGCCUCAAGGACGCGGCAUCAUGACAUACAAGGCCGGCGGGCGUUACGAAGGGGAGCUCUCCCAUGGCAUGAGAGAAGGACAUGGGUGCCUGGUGGACCAGGACGGACAAGUGUACCGUGGGGCCUUCCACAGCAACAAGCGGCAUGGCCGGGGGCAGAUGGUCUUUCUGAACGGUGACAAGUAUGACGGUGACUGGGUCCGGGACCAGCGUCAGGGGCACGGGGUGCUCUGCCAGGCCGACGGCUCCACCUACGAGGGACAGUGGCACAGCGACGUCUUCAGUGGACUGGGCAGCAUGGCUCACUGCUCGGGGGUCGUCUACCGCGGAAUGUGGAUCAAUGGCCACCCGGCAGGUACGCAAGCCACAAGGAUCGUGAUUUUGGGUCCAGAGGUGAUGGAUGUGGCCCAGGGAUCUUCCUUCUCUGUGAAGGUUCAGCUGCAGCAGGAUGAUGGAGAAGUUGCCAAGAGUGAGGAUGGCCGGGUUUUGAAGAUCUCAGCGGGCGUCAGGUACGUGCAGCUCCAGGCCUACUCAGAGGUCAGCUUCUUCAAAGUGGACGAGGACGACCGGGAGAUGCCCAUCCAGACCCCGUUCGGAUUUGACUGCAUCACCUAUCCCUUGUCGAGCCCCAAGUCUGGGGGCCUGGAGCCCAGAGCUGCCUUGGAAAGUUCCAGAGCCAACUCGCCACUCCACGAGGGAGACCUGGAGCCGGCGCUGGCAUCAGAUGCUUUGUGUGGCCAGGAGGACCCCCCCGGCGGCCUGCCUGGUGGGGGAUGCAAGCCCUGCUGUCCUGAGGACUGUCAGAGAGUGGAGCGAGGCUGUGCCCAGUUCAUGGACGUCCGCCUUGGGCCCCCUCCGCCUGGGUACCACCCUGUGCUGUUCCUGGGCGGCGUCCACAAGAAGGCAGGCAACAGUCCCAGAAGCUGCCUGGGCCCCAUGAGGACGGCGCCCACCACACAGGACCCACCAGGAGGCAGCAGGGGCAUGCACUGAAAUAGCCAUGCAGAAAGCAGAGCUGUGGGCACAGAUCCGACCAGGAGUCUAGGAAAAUCAGGAAUUCCGUGGAAACGGGAAGGAAGCCUGCAGCGUCCGUCUCGAGCCACAGCAGCCUGCUGACGCUCCUGCAAUUAGAUUGCUCAUCGGUGACGCUAGUGGGCGUGGGACGAGCUGGGAACACUCGGAGGCUGGCACGGUGUCGGCAGGCAGACCAGCCUCUGAUCCACUCUCGAGGUCUCUCCAGUGGAAGGUGCCGUCCUCUGUGUUGCUCUGAGCCACGUAUGUGAAUUAAACAUGAAGCUCGCUUGACACAAAAACUGGAGAAGCACAGACUUAAAAAAAAAAGCCAAGAUCCUGCUAAGCAGGGAGCUCCCACGUGUGCGCGGUGUUUCCAUCGCAGGAACGUAGGUGAGAGCCAAGAGCCGAAACCACCAAGAACCGUCCACACAACGUGCACGCACCCCAGUGCUCAGGGCAGACUUGCUGCCUGGUUUGGUAACUGUGGCAGCUCAGCAGCUGAGGCUGAUGUUGAGCCAUCUUAUUUCAGCAGAAAGAAGGCCCUCGCUGUCCGAUUCCUCCUGGGAAAGCGGAGGGAGCAGCCAGCUCAUGCUCCCACCAGCCCGGGCCACUAAGGGCUUUCGAGGCACAUGAAACGAAGUGUCCCACAGCAGGUCGUCAUCAUCCAGGAAGGGACACGCAGAAUCGGAGUUGGUCUCAAGAGGCUCCACGUCUCUUUGAACAUGAGCUCGUGACCAGCGACCUGGCUCAUUUCCACCCAUAUCCGAGGUUCCUUGGAGCCGAGCCUCAAGGCGCAGGGUGGACGCCCGAGGGCGAGGCCGGCCCAUCCUCCCCAGGGAGCCCUGUCCAUGCGGCUGAGCUCAUGUCUUCCGGAUACAGCAGCCCUGGAGAGAUGUUUUUAAUCCUGACCCCCCUGUGGCUCACGACCCCAGCCGUCAGCUGCAGGGCCCUGUCUGCAGAGCUCCCACUGGCCUGGAGCAGCAACCGGUUAAACAGACACGUCUGAGCGUCGACAUGCAAGCCCAAGACUCCCCCCAGGGCCCCAAGCUCUGCAUCCUCCCUGCCUCUGACCCCAUCCGGGUGUUUGUGGGACCCCUGUCCCCCACCUGGGGAAGAGUGUAGGGGAGCCUGCCCGUGUCCCCGGCGCCCCCUGCCUGCUCUGCCUGGGGACGUGGGCUGUCUUCACUGCCCCCCACUGGCUUCCUUACUCUGGUUCUGGCACCAGCUCCCUGCGCCAGUGUCCGAACCUGGCUCUUGACCCAAAAAGCCCACCCUUUGGGAUUCUAAGAAAACGGUACUUGGCAAAUUCACCUGGUCUGCAUGAAGAAUCUGCACCCAGUCGUGGGGUCCGUUCCCUGCGGGGUCCCCCAGGAGCAGGGCGUGUGGGCGCGAAGGGCUUGCCGCCAUGUGAAGGAGGCCAAGUUGGGGACCUGGGAAUGAGCAGCUCCUGAGGCCCUGUAAGCCCCACCCCGACUCUCGUUUGUAAGUGACAGACCCACGUGGGGGCAGAGAGGGGCUUGUGGCUUCCACAACCAGCAGGCCCUCGGCACUUCCUGCCCGGGACGUUCUGGCCACCCCCAGUUCCCAUUCAGCUCGACACGUGGUGGCCUCCUUGCUGAUCCCAAGGACCCUCCACGAUGCCAUCUCACAGAUGUCUCAGCUUCCUGGGAGGCCCCUCCUUCUAUAACGGAGAGCGGGCCUGCUGGGCCCAACCCAGCUGCUGAGAUGGGGCGCAGGGCCCCAUCGGGCCUCCCCCUGGCUUCCUCCCCACCAGGCUGGCUCAGGCAAACGUGGGGCCCGCAGGCCCGGUGCCCUGUCCAGCAAGGGCAGCCCGCGCCUCCCUCGAAAUCCGUAAUCCUGCAUUGCUUGGUUUGCUAUGAUCUGCCUCCCAGUUCCCGAGUGAGCCCCCUGCGGGGAGGGCUGCAGGGGGACGACCAGAGGGGAGUGACUGACAGGCUAAGGCUGGUAGAGGCCGGCCUGGGGGCAGCCCGCGGUCUUACCCUGUGACAACAAAGGGGCCACACCCAAGACACCCUCCAGGGACACAGACCAGCGGUCACUCCUGGUACAGCCCAAGGCCAGUCCGAGGCCGCCCUGCGGCCACCCCCCGAUGCCGGCUUGCCCCUUCUCUGUGCCCCCCAGCAAGCCCCGGAGCCACCCCUGCUCACGGGCGUGUUUUCCCUCCUGCCUCCCGUCGCUGAAGCUGCGGUAUUGACGGCAGCUCAUCGCGAGCUGCACAGUUGUAUCUUCUGCUUGUCCGAGUGUCGGGCUGACUGGCGAACAUUUGCUCCAGCGGCAAGGUUCGUGGGAGCGAGGUGGAAGUGUAUGUAGACUGCUCCCACGUCCCAGAACCCUGCAUGCCCAUGCCCCUGCCAUGCCCACGUCCCCGCCACGGCAGGCACGCCCACAUCCCCCUGCCAGGCAGGCGUGCACCGCGACAUCUUGUCGGCAAGUAUGCAGCACAGCUGGAAGCCCUCCCGCUCCCCUCAAGCCCGCACCGGCGGCCUGGUCUGGGGCUGUUGGAUGCGGGGGCACAGUGGCCUGCAUCGUGUCUGACGCCUAGACGAAGAGCUCCCACUGGCAGGGGACAGCAGAGCCGCCGGGCUGACACGCAUGUCCGGGCCCAUGAGCAGCUUUUGGCCUCUGUGUCGGACCCCAAGGUCCAGGGGGAGAAGGAGAAGCCGCCAAGUUCAGAUGGCCGCCAUCCUGCCUGGGGCCACCCGAGUGGGGACCGAUGGCAGGCCAGCCGGUGUCUCAGCUUCUGCUGUCUGUGCAAGUGGUCAGGAUGGCCGGGCUGUGGGGCUGGGGACAGGGCCUGCUGACAGUGAGGCCCCGGGGCCAGUCUCACCCUCAAAACAGCCUCAGCCGUGCCCACACGCCUGCGCGGCCCCACAGACAGGAGCCGCCUUCCGUGUCUGCUGGGGGCCCCUGGGAAGGACCAGGCUGACCCGCCUGCCCCCGGGUCGCCUGUUCCCUCCGCCUGGUGGCCCCUCAGAACCACAGCGAACCUCAUACUUGCUCAUUAUUGGCUUUGCCUGAGUCGGUCUCGUCCCACAUCAGCCGUCUCCCUCCCGGCCAGGGGCUCAUACAGUGGACAUGACUGGGACAGGCGCCUCCUCAUCUCACAGAGACGAGCAGUGACACGCCACCCACCCGUAACUUCUCUCGGAGCCGAGUGCUGGUUUUUGAUUUACAUAAAAGGGUAGAGUGCUCAGGGGAACCAUUCGCUUCUGUUACAACUUUCAGGCACAGUUCUGUAGUAUCUUCCUUGACUAAGAAAAAUUACCUUUGUGCUCCCAAAGAAGGCAUUUCGGUGGAGGGGAGAGGGGCGAAGGGUCCGGCAGGUGCCACGGGGCCUUCCCAGAGCCACAUGACCGGCCCUUGCCCCUCCGGCAGACCCGCCCUGACUGUUUGCUCUCAGGGGUGUGUGCCCCACAGGGCAGCAGUGCCCAGGGACAGCCAAUCCUGAGGGGCCCAGCCCCCAGCCCACUUGGGGCCCCUCACCACACAGUCCCCCACCCCUCGGAGGGAGCAAGGAAGGGUUUGCGCCGACCCCCCCACCCCAGGCAGAGGCCCUGCUGGUAAGGCCCUGGGUGUGGAUGACGGGGAGGGGCUGGCAGGGGUCCUGGGCCAGGUCCUGGGGGUCAUGGAAGGGACCGACGUGCAUGGAGCUCCGGCUUUUCCCUAUUGUUAUGUAAGUGGCUUCUUCGCUGUCUCAAAUCUGGUCCUGAGUGGCUGCCUCACUGCUGUCAGUGGAUCUGCUCUGGUCCCCUGUCCCCAGACACUGGACCAGCUUGUUGGAGGGGAGACAGCACACGGAUGGGGCAGCCCCUCCACGCGGACCUGGGAGUCGGCUGAAGGCCCUGCAUGCAGUGCGGCUGCCCCGGGCCAGCAGGGUUCAUCACCGGCCCCUCGCUGCAUUCCUGCGGGGACAUUCCUGGCAUAUUACGGAAUUUCACAACAUGACACAGAGCUCUGUCAGUUCCUGGAUGAUGUGAAAUUGUGUCAGCUGCAAAAGAUGGACUCGAUUUCACAAACGCAGCCCUGAGGUUGCCCAGCCAAACAGGGGAAUUGCCCUGAAGUGGGGGGCACGCAGCUCUGGUUGCGUUUUCCCCAGAAAUCCUAAAUGCCUCGUGACAGGAAAGCGCGGCCGCCUGCAACCCCGUCGGCCGGAGAGGAGAUGCUGUCAGCCAGCUCUGUGUGCGGGAGCUUACAGCGCGACCUCGCCCGGGAGUGCUCAUUGACAGCUCAGCCCAGGCCCCACCCCGAGCAACACUCGGGCCACCAGAGCCCCUCCUCCGCUCACUCGGAGAAAAAUGGCUUUAAUUAAGA